AUGGUUGUCGAGCUUGUGGGAGGUGCCCUGCAGUGUGUCCGAGAGGCGGCCGCCCCGAGCCUCCCUGCGGCGAAUGCGGCGAUCCGGAGUUUGGGUGCGAGCUGGGCACGGGUUCUGGCGCACCUGGAGCGGAUGCAGGUGCAGCGCCAGGAGCCGGAUCAGCACAGCCAGAACCAGUUGCUCGCCGCCGCGCAGUCUGCCGGUGCUUGGCGUUUUGCGCUGGCCCUGCUGAAGGGACCGGAGCAAGAUCCCUUCGCAGAGGCUCGGCGGGCGGCCAAGCUGUACCAACUGGGAGGACCCGUGCCGAUGUCGGAAGUUGCCGCGAUGGAGGGGCGAAGCCUCCCCGAGCUGGCAGCAGUUCUGUGGUCCCUGGCCGCCGUGGCAUCCGAUGAGGCAUUGCUCCUGCAGGUGCAGAAGGAGAUCUGCAGCAGGAUCCUGGGUGGUCAGGUGCGAACCCUGGAGACCCCGAGUCUGGGGAACGUGGCUUGGGCCCUGGCGACGAAGCCCCCGAGAGACCGGAGGUUGAAUGAGGUGAUGGCCCAGAUCCUCCGAGAGCUGCUGGGGCGGUCCACGACGCUGCCCCGCCAAGCGCCCCCCUCCGCGUUCGUCGUCAUGGCGGAGGCGGUGCUGGCCACCCUUUGGGCCGGACAUGUGCUCGAGCUUGGCAUCGGAGGCGGCGCGCAGGUCGGGGAGGUGCUGAGAUCACUGGGGCGGGCGCUGGACGCUGGCAGCUGCACCCGGAACAUCCUGCCAAGCCUCCCCACGGUCACAGAGGAGGCGCCGUCUUCCUUGCCGCGGAAUGUGUGGAGCUUCAGGGAUGGCAUGGUGCUGCUGAAGCCCGACGGCUGGCAGAUCUACGACAAGGUCGAGGUUGCCUCCGAUCCUGGCGGCCCGCGGCUCCGUGGCAACUUCUCAGCUUUUUGGGGGUCCCAGUGGCCUCGGCGGCGGCACCCGCUCCCUGCAGACCUCUCCUGCAACUGUGGGUUCCUCCAUCGCCUGGACGUGCCGAGUUCCGGUCUCAUCCUGGCCGCCAGCUCCUACCAGAUGUACUACGAGCUGCGCCGGCAGCUGGCCGUCGGGUCUCUUCACCGGGAGUAUGCGGUCCUCAGCCACGGCUGGGUCCCCGGCCGCACGGAGAUCGGAGCCCCGGUACGGUGGUCGUCCGCGAGCGUCGCGCGGCAGGAGCUCACCAAGGUCACGAAAGGAGGCUGGCCCGCCAAGACCUACCUCCUUGCUCGUGCGCACUUGGCCGCCGAAGGCCUUGCCCUGACUUUGCUGGACGUCCGCAUCCAGACGGGCCGGAGGCACCAGAUCCGCACACACCUGGCGCAUGUCGGCUUCCCCUCCCUGGCGGACGGGAAGUACUCCGCCGACGGAACCUACCAAAUUGAUGCCCAGUGGUGUCCCCGCAACUUUCUGCAUCGCUACCAGCUUCGGUUCUCUGUGCCGCAGGCGUGCAAGGAUGUGCCAGUCUCCUUCCUGGAGCCCUUGCCGCUGGACCUCCGGCGGGCCCUAUCCGCAACCGCCAUCCUGAAGCUCUUCGGAGCAGCAGAAGACUGGCUUCGGCUGCUCCAAGCCUGGAAGCCCUAG